GCCACGUCAUUAGAUGCGAGCACAGGGGAAAUUUGUGCUAUGGGUUCUUUUUCUUGUGAUGAGGAGAUGACUGGGGUGUCACGAGCUGCCAGACGGGAGCGCCGGGAUGAGGGAGAGAAGUAUGGGUACGUUUGUAACCCUGGCAGAGGUUUUGGAGGCCCGGGGCUCACCGCUGGAUGAGGAUGAGGUCUGGUGUCUGCUUCUUGCCACCACUGAUGCCUUACUCGAAAUCUCCAAAAAAGGUUCAGGCAACAUGUGCAGCGUGCUGAGCCCAGGCUCAGUGCUGCUCUCAGCCAACGGGAGUCUGGCCUUCAAAAGCUGUGCUCGAAAUGAAGACGUGGCCUCCUUCACAGCCCCUGAAGUCCAGCAGGGUCACACCGCCUCCUCGAGGACUGCAGUCGAAAAGAUGGUUGUAUACUCACUGGGGAUGACUCUUUAUUGGUGUGUUGACUAUCACCUACCUCACAACCAGCCAGUCCAAAUAAGUGCUGAGCUGGAAGGUUUGCUACUGAGCAUGUGCGAGGACAUGAUGUUGAGAAGGACGGACCUGCUAACGGUGCUGGAAACCUGUGAGCUACACCACAAGGCUUCAAUGCUUCCUCCUGCAGAGCGUCUCAUUAGGCAGCUGGUGGAGGAUGUUUACAGAAACUCGGCUGAUCACGUCUCUAUGGCUGAUAAUGGAUCCCAGCUAACAGACCGCAGUCAAGUGGUCCGGGACAGAUUACACAGGAGCUCUUUUAGUAACUCGACAUGGUCGCUGAAGAAGAAGAUGUCCGGAACAUUCUCGGGGGUAUCUUAUUCAGCUAAUGCCACAGGGAUUCCCUUGGGAGGCCGGCAAAUAGAGAGGUACGGCAGCUGGCAGCAGCUGAACCGCAGCCCCGGUAGUCCUUAUAUGGAUGGUAAUCGAAAUGCCAACUCAAGAUCCCUCACACAGUUUGACUCCUCAAUGAGUCUGAAUGAUAAGAAAGUAAAGGACAUGGGUCCUGAGUUUAUUAGAGUGCUGGAUGAGCCACUGGUUGUCUUGGAACUUCCUGGAUCCAUUGUGUCAAAGAAAGGGAAAUCUCCUACCACUCAAAGAGAGCUGAGUGUUGUAAUGCCGAAUGGCCAGAGCAUCCUUGUCAGGUGCGAGGUGAAAUCCAGAGGAGGAGACGUCUUUGACAUGAUUGUGGCUCACUUCAACCUUGUGGAGCAUUUCUACUUCGGCCUUGCUUACAUUGAUGAUAAUGAGUUUUUCUUUGUGGACAACGACACCAAGAUUUCUAAAGUUGCUCCAGAUAGCUGGAAAAAAGUGCCUACUGCCACCUUUGUCCUUUUCUUCAGGGUCAAAUUCUUCAUCAACGACAUUUCUCUUCUUUUGCACAAACAGACCCGACACCAGUAUUACCUCCAGCUUAGGAGAGAUCUUUUGGAGGACAGGCUGUCCUGUCAUGAGGAGACUGCUCUGUACCUAGGAGGUCUGGCCCUGCAGACGGAGUAUGGAGACUCCAUGCCUGAGGUAUAUGGUAGGGGCUACUACCGCCCUGAUCAGUAUGUCUCCAAGAGCGUGUUGGAGAAAUGUGCCUUGCCUUACAUUCAGGGGGAGCUGUUGCGACUUCACACCAACAAUACUCAAAUGCUCACCGACGAAUCAGAACUUGAAUUUCUCAAGGUGUGUCAACAAUUGCCUGAGUAUGGCGUUUCGUUCCACCGUGUGACACGAGAGAAAAAGCCUUCAGACGGAGAGAUUAUUCUUGGGGUUUGUGCCAAAGGUGUUAUUGUCUAUGAGGUGAAAGAUGGCAGCAGAUCCACUGCUCAGACUUUCUACUGGAGGGACACAGCAACCAUCUCGUCUUAUAAGCAUAAAUUUGUAGUAGAGUGCCGGGGCAGCAAGAAGAAGCACACGUUCAUCACGGAGAGGUCGAAGAUAGCCAAAUACCUUUGUAACCUUUGUUCAGCACAGCACAAGUUUAACAAUGAGAUGAACUCCCGUCAGCUAAGCCACAGCCUGGUGUCAGAGGACAACAUUGUGCAGUACGCAGCAGUGUGCCGUGCUCAGAGCAGCCAGCUUAAGUCUUUCUCAUGUUCUGAGACCCCUCAGGAUGAAAGCGGUCUGACCACGCCUCAGAAUGAGUCCAUGACCAAGCUGUAUGAUGAUGUCACAGCCAAGAUCGAGGCCCGCAUAAAACAGCAGCGCCUCAACGAGCAAAGCAGUCAGCGCAGCAGCAGUGCUAUGCUCUCACCAUCGUGCUCUCAGAGGAGUGGAUCUGAAGCCCCUUGUGGUUCGCCAGCAGCCCAAGAAACUCCAACUAAACUGGGGACACCAUCUGAGAGAGAAGUUAUAUGUGUUUCCUUAAAGAAAGACCCAAAGCUUGGCCUAGGUAUAGUAAUAGUUGGCGAGGACACAGUAGGGCGUUAUGAUUUGGGCAUCUUUGUAGCCUCUAUUGUGCCUGGUGGACCUGCUGAUAAAGAUGGACGCAUCAGAGCUGGUGGCCGUCUGAUCUCUCUGAACCACAUCAGCCUGGAAGGUGUUACCUUCAGCGAGGCAGCAGAGGUCAUGCAAAACAGCCCAGAGGAGGUGCAGCUUAUUAUCUCACAGCCGAAAGUGUCUCUGCCAUUAUCCACAGUUCCCAUCAGUCCCAGCAGUAAUAAUUGUCCUUCUCCUGGGUUGAGAAAAUAUAUAUCCCAGACAACACUAAUGACAGAUGGACGAUCGAGAGAUGAUAGCCUCGAUGAGAUUGUGUCAGUCAUGAUGACGCCAAAGACCAGCAAGAAACUACACUUCCCCCCUGAAGUUCGAGUUCUCAGUACACAGGAUAGCUGUUCUCUGUCAUCAUCUAUGAACUGCGUGAAGCCGGAAGAGAUCAGCAUGGAGCUCAGGAAGAUAUCAGGAAAUCUGGGCAUUAGCAUAUCUGAGUCAAAAAAACAAUAUCACACAUUUGUAAUUGUAAAAAGAAGAAGUGUUAUAGUAAGAGUUAACUGUUUCUUAACUCUUUCAUUUUCAGGUGACAGACUGUUGGAGAUCGACGGCACUAACUUCCAGGGCUUCACCUACCAGCAGGCUGUGGAGUGCUUGAGUAAAACUGGGGAGGUAGUGUCCUUGGUUGUAGAGAGGGAGUUGGUCAACCUACCCAGGGUCUCUCUUAUUGCUGACACCAGCAGCACUGUAUCCAAUCCGAGCCUGAGUUCAUCUACCAGCCAGCUAAGACUCAACAGCUCCUCAUCUGUGAGCACUACUUUAAACACGAUAUCUGAUCGGCCCAACGAGUACAGCUUUGUUACUGAUGACAACACCAAGGAAGUGACUCUGAUCAAGAAUGAGAGUGGGCUGGGCUUCAGCUUCUUGAUGUGUGAGCUGGACCCGCCCACCCGAGAUUUUGGGAGCCUCGUCCGGAUAAAGCAGCUUUUCCCGGGUCAGCCUGCUCAGCAGAGCGGCAGAAUCCAGGAGGGAGAUGUCCUGCUGGCCAUCAAUGGCCAGUCGCUCAAAGAGCUGUCCUAUCCAAAGGUGCUAAAGCUUUUCAAAACUUCUCCACCUGAAGUCCAGCUGACCCUCUGUCGUCCUCCACCAGGGAUUCUUUCUACAAUUGAUCAGUUCGCUGGCUCAUGAGUGACCUCAUCGUCUUGCUUCGCCGGCAUCAUCUGAAGCAACCGUGUGUUUUAGAACAAAGCAGGGAGUGGCGACGGAGACUGUAGGGAGAACGGCCGAUAAAGCUGUUUUGAUCAGUUGACAGGAACAUUAAGCUGAUCUCAUAAAUGGACUCCAACACUGUAGAAAG